AUAGCGUUGUUACAGAUGUUCUUGCAAGGCGCUGGGAUGAACACAAUCGUAUCUGUUGUUUUACUUAUUGCUGCAGUAAUCACCAUUGAUGCAGCAAACCCAUGCUGUUCUCAACCAUGUCAGAACAGAGCAGUGUGUAUGACAAGGGGGUUUGGCCAGUACGAAUGUGAUUGCACAGGAACCGGAUUUUAUGGCGAAAACUGCACAACCCCCGAAUUCUUUACAAGGAUAAAGGCAGCCAUCAAGCCCAGUCCCAAUGCGGUGCACUAUUUUCUUACACACUUCAAGGGGUUUUGGAACAUUAUUAACAACGUUUCAUUUCUAAGGGAUUUUAUAAUGAGUUAUGUGUUAACAUCUCGGUCUCACUUGAUUGAUAGCCCUCCUACCUAUAACCUUGAUUAUGGAUACAAAAGCUGGGAAGCCUAUUCUAAUCUCUCCUACUACACCAGGAGCCUUCCUCCCGUGCCGGAGGGAUGCCCGACACCUAUGGGAGUGGCAGGAAAGAAAACACUUCCCGAUGCAAAAUUAAUUGUGGAAAAAUUCCUGCUAAGAAAAAGAUUCAUCCCGGAUCCUCAAGGUUCCAGCUUGAUGUUUGCGUUCUUUGCUCAGCACUUCACCCAUCAGUUUUUCAAGACAGAUCACAAAAAGGGCCCUGCCUUCACAAGCGCAACUGGACAUGGUGUUGACUUAACCCAUAUCUAUGGACAGACCCUUGACAGGCAGCACAAACUCAGGCUCAAGAAAGAUGGAAAAAUGAAAUACCAGAUGAUUGAUGGGGAGAUGUACCCCCCCACAGUAAAGGACGUUCAAGUGGACAUGCACUACCCUCCCCAUGUUCCAGAAGAGAACAAGUUUGCUGUGGGUCAUGAAGUCUUUGGCCUGGUCCCUGGGCUUAUGAUGUAUGCCACCAUCUGGCUGAGAGAACACAACCGCGUCUGUGACAUCUUGAAACAGGAGCACCCCGAGUGGGAGGACGAGCAGCUCUUUCAAACCACCAGACUUAUCAUGAUUGGUGAGACCAUCAAAAUCGUGAUUGAAGAUUAUGUUCAGCACCUGAGCGGGUACCACUUCAAGCUGAAGUUCGACCCUGAGCUGCUGUUUAACAAGCCAUUCCAGUACCAGAAUCGGAUUGCAGCCGAGUUCAACACCCUCUACCACUGGCACCCACUCAUGCCUGAUUCCUUCCUUAUCCAAGAUAAGGAGUACAGCUACCAACAGUUCCUCUUCAACAACUCUCUGGUGAAGGAGCAUGGCAUCAGCAACCUGGUUGAGUCUUUCACCAAGCAAAUUGCUGGCAGGGUCGCCGGUGGCAGAAAUGUGCCCCCAGCUGUCAUGAAGGUAGCACUGGCUUCCAUCGAACAGAGCAGACAGAUGAAGUACCGGUCCAUGAACGAGUACAGGAAACAAUUCACCAUGAAGCCUUACAGCUCAUUCGAGGAACUCACUGGAGAGAAAGAAAUGGCGGCUGAACUGAAGGAGCUAUAUGGAGAUAUUGACGCGAUGGAGUUGUACCCCGGUUUACUCGUAGAGAAGCCUAGACCUGGUGCCAUUUUUGGGGAGACCAUGGUGGAAAUGGGCGCCCCCUUUUCCCUCAAGGGCCUUAUGGGCAAUCCUAUCUGUUCCCCACAAUAUUGGAAGGCAAGCACCUUUGGCGGGAAAGUGGGCUUUGAGAUCGUGAAGGACGCCUCCCUGCAGAAACUUGUCUGCCGCAAUGUCAAAGGGCCUUGCCCAGUGGCGUCCUUUCAUGUGCCUGAACCGGAUCAGGCAGGCUCUGCAACCAUCAAUGCAAGCACUGCUCACUCAGGGAAAAGUGACGUUAACCCCACUCUGCUACUGAAAGAACGGACUUCUGAACUUUAAAAAAACCUGAUGAAAAAUACUGCAAAUUAUUUAUUUAUUUAUUUGUAAUGUUGAAUUAAUACAUACAAGAAACAAGUCUGCACAUAUUUAUGGGAAUAUCAUAUUUUUUAAUUAAAUUAAUUCAUUAAUUUAUUUAUUGAAAUGUUCCAAGAUACUAUUUAUUUUUAAAUGUUUUUUUACUAUUUAUAUGUAUUUUAAAAUGUUUCUAAUUGCUCACUUUUACAAAGAGUUUUUGUAUUUAUUCAUUUUCCUACAAUGCUUAAAUAGGUUAUUUACAUUUAUUACAAGAUAUAUGGCUUCAUUUUCCUUUCCUUUCUGAUGAGUGAAGCACAUAACAUGGAUUGAUGUUACAUGAUCAUGUUACAUGUCAUUGCAUAGUCUUGCUAGACAAACAGGAGUUAAAAGCUGUGACAUAUGUAGAUUGUAUGUGAUCGUUCUUGAAAAAGAUACCUGCUAAAGUAAUGGCACUGUUAAAUGAAACCCUGAAUUUUCUGCCCCCCUUUAAUAUUUAAAGGUGGUGCACUCUAUAAUGAUCUGACUAUAUAGUCUGCAAAAUAUAUGGAAUCGUGAAUUAUUUGCAUUCUCAGGGACAUGCAAACAAAUGUAUGUAUAUACACAUUGUAUACACAUUUGAGAAAGUUUCUUUAAAAAAUAAAUUUGCUUGGUAUAUUUUUUGAUCUAUCAAUUUGAUUUCAAUGAUCUUGUACUGUAUGUUGGAAAUAAAAAAAAUAAUG